AUGAAAAAUUUCCCACAGACCAGCAAAAAACUUCUGCGCACCAGCACCAGUCUGCAGACCAUGGGUUCGGGAAUACAGCUACAGAAAAUAACGACUCCAAGAAACAUAUACCGAAUCAAAGAAGCCCUUUGGUUGGAAGAGUAUCAGCAGCAGCAGAAGCUCGUCAAUAAUAAGACUGCCAUCUGGGAAUACAUGGAUUUGGACUACCAGAUCCAUGCUGCAAGGCUGUGA